UCUGUUUUUUGAAGGAGAAAAAGUUAACGUCAAAGAUCUGAAAAAUAUCCUGGAAGACAUUGGGAUAGAAUUCACACCUAAAGAAUACCUGGAACUGGUGAAAAAUCUUCAAGCUGACGAUGAUGGAAACAUAUAUGAAAACAGAUUGCUAGACGGUUUGAAAUCUUUCAAUGGUGGGAAGGUUGAUGUCAGUAACCUGGAAAACAUUUUAGAAAACAUGAAAAUCAAGCUCCCAGAUAAGAAACUUAAAGAUUUAUCACAAAACCUACCAACUGAUGCUUCCGGGAUGGCUGAUCUGCAUAAACUGCUAAAAGAAAUAAAGAAAUUCACAAGAGGAAAAGUUGAAGCCAAGGAUAUACACAAAGCACUGGGAAACAUGGGAAUAGAACUCACAGAUAGAGAGCUCUGGGGGCUGUUGAAAACAUUGCCGAUUACUGCUGAUGGAAAGGUAGAGAAAAAUACACUGCUCGAUUAUAUAAAAGCUUUUCCUGGUGGAAAAUGCUACACCCCUAAAAUGCAAAGCAUCCUGGAAAACUUGGGUUACGAGCUGGAGGAUGAGGAAGUUGAGGACCUGCAGAAUCGUCUGCCAACUGAUGAUAUAAAGGUUAAGCUGAAUGUGCUCAUGGAAAAUUUAGAGCCAUUCAGAGGAAUCAAGAUUAAUGUUGAUGAAGUAGAUGACGUUUUGAAAAACAUAGGGAUAGAACUCACACCUAAGGAACGCUGGAGGCUGCUAAAAACCCUGCCAAUUACUUUUGAUGGAAAGGUGUAUCAUGUUCGGUUGCUAGAAGGUGUAAAGACUUUCCAAGGAGGGAAAAUUUUAGAAAAUAAACUAGAAACCAUUCUGGAAAACUUGAACUAUGACCUUGAAAAUGAAGAAAUCAAAGAUCUACGGAAUCAUUUGAAAAUUGAUAAUAGUGGAAGGAUUUCACUGAACUCCUUUAUGAGGACAGCAAAUUUAUUUUCUGGUGAUAAAAUUAAUGCCAGUGACACACAACUUUAUCUGAAAAAUGUAGGUAUUGAGUUAACAAAUAAAGAAAGCCAGGAUCUACUGAACAUACUGCCAUUGGAUGAUAACAAUAAGGUGUAUAAAAAAAGGUUGAUGGAUGGAGUGAAGACAUACAGAGGAGGAAAGGUUAAUGUCAAUAAAAUAGCUGAUGCUCUUGAAAAUAUGGAAUUCCCACUUGAAGAGGAAGAAAUUGAGAAAUUGUGCAAUCACCUACCAGUUGAUGAUGAGAGGAGGGUUAAACUGGAUAAACUUCUGGAUGAAGUACAUGAACUUCUAGGGGAAGAAAUUCACUAUGAAGACCUGGAAAAUAUUCUGAAAAACAUUGGGUUAAGACUCAGACUGAGGGAGAACUCUGUGUUGAUGAAAAGUUUGCCACUUGAUGCUGCUGGAAAGUUGUAUAAACAUAAGUUGCUGGGUGGCAUAAGGUCUCUCAAAGGAGUGGAGCUUAAUGUUAAUCAGUUAGGACUCUUCAUGAAAAAUAUGGGCUUUGACCUGGAAGAAGAGGAGUACUUGGACCUGCUCAGCAACCUGCCUGCUGAUGAUGAGGGGAAGAUUGAAGUGAAUGUGGUAAUGGAUGAAGGAAAUAUUUUUACAGGUGAGAAGGUUGAUACUAGUAACCUGGAAAUUUUACUGGAAAAUAUGGGGAUAAUACUCACAGAAGAUGAAGGCCUGAAACUACAGAACAAGCUUCCAGUUGAUGCCAAAGGAAGGGUGUACAUGAACAGAUUGAUGAAAGAGUUACAGUCUCUCAAAGGGGUGAAGGUGUCUCUAAAUAAGGUGGACACUUUCCUGAAAAACAUGGGAAUUGAUCUCAAGAAGAAAAAAAUCCAGGAACUGAAGGACCUCCUACCAACUGAUGGUAAUGGGAAGAUUGAUGUAAAUGUACUGAUGGAUGAAGUUAAAAAUAUUACAGGAGAGAAGAUUCCUACUGAGGACCUGAAAAAUGUUCUGAAAAACAUGGGAAUAGAGAUCACAAAUAAGGAAUAUAAAAAGUUUCUGAAAACCCUGCCAGUUUCUGCUGAUAAAAAGGUGUUUGAGAAAGAAUUACUAGAGGGUGUGAAGUCCUUCAAAGGAGGAAGAGUCAAUGUUGGUAACAUAAAAAAUGUUCUACAACGUAUUGGGUUCAGACAUGAAGAAAAAGAAAUCCAGGACCUGCAAACCCACCUACCAGUUAUUGAAGAUGAAAAGGUGGAGUUGGCUGUGUUGAUGGAAGCAGCCAGUGCCUUUACAGGAGAAAAGGCGGAAGCCAAUGACUUAAAAAAUGUACUGGGAAACAUGGGAAUUGAGAUCACUGAAACAGAGCAGUUGAUGCUGUCAAAAACUUUGCCAGUCUCUGGAGAUGGAAAGGUGUACAAGAAAAGAUUACUGAAUAGUGUGAAACUUCUCAAAGGAAAGAAAGUCAGUAUCAGUAACCUGGACCCCCUUAUAAAGAACAUGGGAAUUCAGCUUGAGAAAGAGGACCAUCAGGACUUACUGAAACACCUGCCGACUGAUAAGAAUAAAAUGGUUGAUUUGAAUGUGGUGAUGGACGACGCAAAAGCUUUUAUAGGAGAGAAGGUUAAUGUGAGUAAUCUGAACAAUGUGCUGAGGCAAAUGGGACUAGUACUGACUGAUGAGGGGAAUAAGGAGCUGUUGAAAACUCUGCCCAUUCAUGCUGAUGGAAGAGUAUAUAAGAAGAGAUUGCUAAAAGGUGUGAAAGCACUCAAUGGACCAAGGGUCAAACUCAAAAAAGUGAAAUCCCUUGUGGAAAACAUGGGAAUUAGACUCAAUGAUGAGGAACUUGAGGAAAUAAUGACUGAUGUGUCAACUGAUGAUGAUAGAACCGUCGGUCUGAAUGAUUUGAUGAAUGCUGUCAGUUGCAUAAAGGGAGAGGUGAUUGAUAUCCAGGACUUGGACACCUUUCUAGCCAGUGAAGGGAUCGAGCUCACAGAAGAUGAUAUGAAGGAGCUGAUGCCUCAUUUGACAGUUAAAGGAAAUGGGAAGGUUAGAGUGCCUUCAAUAAUGGCGGGCCUGAAGAAGUUUAAACCAAAAGGACUCGCACCACUACACAAGUUGAUGAAAACUGAACACGAUGCUAAAGACAGAGUUAUUGGCCCCAUGGCAGUUUCUGAUAUUAAAUCAAAAGUUAAGCUGAAUCCUCUAACAAAAGUACCCAGCUCCCAUGGCAAGAGGGAUAAAGAUUUACCAGGAUCUCUCCCGUGCCAAUUACAGCACAAAGAAAGGAAGCUGAAUGCUUCACAAAUACAAGCCUUCCAAGAUGCCUACAACUUCUUUAACAAGGAUAAAACUGGCUGUAUUGAUUUACACGGAAUGAUGUGCACUCUAGCCAAGUUGGGAAUGAAUCUAACCAAGCAUGAUGUCUAUAAUGAAUUAAAAUGUGCUGAUAUUGAUGGGGAUGGAAAGGUGAAUUUCUCAGACUUCAUAAAGGUGUUAACAGAUAAGAACCGCUUUCUUAAAGCUGUGGUUCCAGAAAAGGAGAAAUGUUUAGAUUUAGCUGGCAACCCAGGGAUCCUGUUGUUUGAAAUCCUAUCAAAGCUUGUAGAGACUUCGGCCUUACCCAGAAAGGCUAUAAUGGAAAUAGUAAGCUAUUUCCAAAGAAAAUUCCAGGAAACCAGGUCAGGAAUGUUAUGGAAUCCCUACACCACGGCUUAUGAAAAAAGGAGAUUUAAGCAAGACAUAUGCACCCCUCCCAGCUCAAGCACAGCUGCCUUUGCCAAUGCUGCCCGGACUGCAAUAAUGAAAGAAAAGGAUUUAUUUAAAUUUCUUGAAGAGCUCAAGAGGUGCAAUCCUCCUUCAGAUAGCCCAUAUUCAAAAAUACCCAUCUUUCCAUUGUUUCCUAAUGUGGAUGGGGUGGUGAUGGGAAAGCCAUUCAAAGACAUGCAGAAAUUAGAAAUGCUAAGCAGAAAGGAGCCUCUGAACUUCUUUGAGAACUAUUUUUUCCAUAAAAGAGACUGGAAAGCACAGGCAGCAAAUAUAAAGCCUAUUGACCCCGUCUCAGGCUGUCCUACUGACAUCCUGGCCAUUGACCAAAUGCUCAAAAAGAAGCAGAAUUGGACAGUGACUGAUGCGGCAGCUAUUAAACAGCCCGUGAAGAGAGCUAUAGAUACCUAUAACUUGGGAAUUGCCCUGGAGCACCGGAAAGACAUGCUAAACCUCUGGCAGAAGAUCCGAGGGGAUUUAAUUGGAAUAGACACUAAAAAUGAGUCCUUUUAUGAUACCUUUUCUACUUACACAUGGUCCUGGAAUGUUUGCCAAGAAUUACUUUCACCAAAGGACUUAAGGUUAUAUGAUGCCUACAUGAAUAGGCAUAUCUUCCACAACUCUGUAUUCUCUUCUUCCUCGGAUAUCAGUGAAUGUGACACAGACACAGGAAGAAAACGAAAACGGAAAGGUUUCAAAGGGUUUCGACGAUGAGAUUUCUACAUUUUCUAAACAGCUCACUGCAAACUACUUUUUCAUAGAUAUCAAAAUUGUGGUUUCUUGCUUUUGUCUAGUACAUUCUUAGCAGCUGGAAAUGUUGACAUCUUUUGAAUUCUGACCAGUAAAAAAGUUUAAGUCAUAAUGUGGUUUCCCUUUCCUAAUUCUUACCUAGUAAAUAGAGGUCAUGUGGUUUUUUCCCCCAGCAAACAACUGCACUCUGCUGCCCCCACCUGGCUCAAAACGGCCUGGGCACGAGGAGAAAACCUGAGAUGUGCGCUUACCUUAAGGGCCUCUGUGAGCCCCUAGGGGCUCUCCCUGUAACGUGCCUCUUAGUUUAUGUGACUGUAAGUGGCACUAGGUUUUUGAUUAUUUGUAAAAGAGGCCAAAGACAGCAGAUGACAAUGAUCCUUCAGUUCCAGGGAAUAAUAUCACCAUCUCCCAGGGAAUCUUGAUUAAAUUUGGGUGUUCCUAAGGCUCCUUAGCCACACAUCUUCAGGCUGAUCUCUUGGAUACCUUUUAAAAAGGGAUGUUGUUUUCAGGGCAUCUGGGUGGCUCAGUCGGUUAAGCACCCAACUUCGGCUCAGGUCAUGAUCUCACGGUUCUUGGGUUCAAGCAGCACGUCGGGCUCUGUGCUGACUGCUCAGUGCCUGGAGCCUGCUUCAGAUUCUGUGCCUCCCUCUCUCUCUGCCCCUCCUCUGCUUAUGCUCUGUCUCUCUCUCUGAGAAAUAAAUAAACAUAAAAUUUUUUUUUAAAGUUUAUCUCAUCCAUUACACUUGUUCUUUAAUGCAUUUAAUAAAGAUGCACAUAUGUAACUAUAUUACACGUUUGGUAGUUAUAAUUUUUAUUGUGGAAAACUACACACAAAAUUUACUAUUUUAAUCACAUUUAGGUGUAUAUCAUCCAUUACAUUAUUUUUUCCUGUUAGAAAAAGGAAAAAACAUGUUUCACAUUGAUGGGGACAGUGGCUUAUAAUAUAAAAUCAUAACAUGCCAGAAAAAAGCAAUGAAAAUAGUGAAGUCUCCUAGAACUAUUUAAUGAAACAGUCUUGAAGUAAAUUUGUGUUACCUUGAAGAGUCAAAACUGUCUAAAUAUAUUUGCCAUUCUUUACAAUGUUAUGAUGUUGAGAAAAAGAAGCUUAUUGACAAGUGGCCAUGUUUCUUACCUGAAGAAUAAGAUUUAUGGUUUAACAGAUUUUUUUCUUUUUUUGGUAUGGCUAUGACCGUAAUAGGCAAUCUAAGAGAUGUAAUUUGGAUGCCAAAAUUAGAAUUCCUGAAAUAUUUUCUUGGAUCAAUGAGAUAACAGGAAAGAAUAUUUUUAAGCAUAUCUGUCCUGGAAAAUCUAAAAUGUACAGUAACACAGUCUUUCUAUCAAAUUGUCACAUACUGUAGUGACAGUAUAAACUGGCAUCUUGUCAGUAUAGCAAUAGGUACUCGGCCAUUCAUUCAACAAUUAUUUUUUUAAUGUUUAUUUUUGAGAGAGCACGUGCAAACGAGGGGGAGGGGCAGAGAGAGAGGGACAGAGGAUCUGAAACAAGCGCUGUGCUGACAGCAGAGAGCCUGACAUGGGGCUUGAACUCACAAACAGUGAGAUCAUGAGCCGAAGUCGGAUGCUUAACUGACAGGCACCCAUUAUUCAACAUUUAUUGAGUUGCAUACUAUAUGUUGGACCUUGUUCUAGGACCUGGAUAUAACAGUGAACAAACAGAUAAAAUGCCCUGACCUCACAGCUUAGUAAUCCAGCUAAUUAUAACCACUGACUCACUACUUCCACUUCUAGACAUUAUUCCUAAAGAAAUAAUCAUGAAUAUACAAAAUGAUUUAGUUACAAGGAUGUGUAUCGUGUUGGAUUUUAAAGUUGCCUAAACAUCCAGUAAGUCAUGGUACAGUUCUAUAAAUUAAAAUGAUGUUAGAAAAGACCAUUCAAACAAAAGAAUGAUAUUACAAGCUAUCAUCAGGUUAUAAAAUAGGCUACAACUGCUCAGAGCCAUGAGAAGGCUGUAUGGGAUUGUUCUCGAACCUAAUUAUGAUUGUAGUUGCACAAAUAUAGAUUUUUAUGAAAACUUAUCAAACGGUACACUUAAAAUGGGUGAAUUUAAUUAUAUGUAAACUAUACCUCAAUGAAGUUGUAAAAUAAGAGGGCAUAAAACAGUUCUGAAACUAUUGUAAUUUAAAAGUUACUUCUAUAAAUACAUAAGAAAAAAAAAAAGACUGGAAGGUAUACACCAGUGUUGUUUUUUUUUUUAACCAAAGUAUUUAAUGGGUUAAAUUAAGGAUGGAAUGGGGUAGUUUCUUUUUUCUUUUGUCUAAAUGUUCUACAAUAAACAUUUAUUUUGCAAUAAGAAAAGAAAACACAAAAGCCUGUUUAAAUUUGUUAAAUCAGCUUAUUCAAUUAUCUAGCCUGCUACAUGUUCUGUGAAACUUUAAGGAGAGCAAAUCAGGACACCGGGGUCCCUUCCCCCACUUUCAGUUCCAGAGCACAUGCUUACACAGACCGGAAUUUCCACUGACUGGAACUUAAAGAAAAGCAUGAAAUAAUUACCCACGUCCCAGGUUGACACCCAAGACAGUGAUCCAGACUGAGAGUUGUUAACCUUUCCAGGCUUUGAACCCAUGCCACCCAGCUAGAAGAGCUCUUCCAGCUCACCAGCAGAGGGACCCUUAACUCCCCUGAAAAGUUUUGCUUGCUGAAGAUACAGUCCAGCGUGAAGUCUGGUAGCACAGAGGACUCAGAGUCACGUCUUCCAAAUUUCUGCAGAAAAAUAACUUCAGGUGCUUCAAAAGAUGGAGAAACAUGAGUUGUACAGGUCAACCAAAGAUAAUUGUACGAAAAUUCAGGAUACUUUUCUCCCAUUUCACCAAAAGGGCCCAAGUUGUUUGCCAUUUUAAAUGACUAGUUAUGGGAAUUAAUAUAGUAAGUGACUUCAAGUGAAAACAGAGUGAGCUCCCUGCAAGAAACUCUGCAGUGAGAAUGUUGAUUAGGAGCAUGAAUAGCUUUUGGUGUGGGGAGAAAAACGAGUGUAGAAGAGACAACAAGAUGCCAAGAAUACAUAUAAAUCAACCACUAUGUCAAACAACUGGCCUCGAGAAACUAUAAAAAUCCUCGUCACUUGUUUUUUGGAGAGGAGGUCUUGUUCAAAAUAUUUCAAAAGACCAUGAGAAUGAAAAAGUGUUUUCAAAUAAAGUACAAAUUCUCUACUCUCUUAUCUUUUCAAUUCACUCACAUAUUUUUCUUUGUGAUUAAGGAGGAUUUAGGGCCUGUUCCAGUUUCUUUUCUGAGAAAGAUACAGAACCUCUCAUAGCUCCCCUCAGUUUUGCGUAUGGAAAGAAUCUGCAAUGAAGGAAACAACUGGGUACCAGUGUGCUGAGUCUAGUAAUGCACCAUCUAAGUAACUAAUUAACCCUUUCCUUAUCUUCUUCCAGAUGGUAAUCAUUACUCUCCUGGAACUCUUCUCAACUAACCUUGUGCAGACAGCAUGCUUUCUUUUGAGAAUCAGUUUGUAGUAAUUAUCAAAAUAGAAAUGGAAGGCUGAAAAUGUAUGAACAUAACAAACUAUGUGUGUUUGCAUUACAAUC